CAGUUUGCACACGCAGUUAAGACUAAAUAAAGCGGGGAGUUCCAUUUUUUUCACCGCAAUCAUAUCCUCUAUUUAUUUUUCCAUGGACGAUCUGCCUCCACCUCUGCUCCUCGAUAUCCUGAAUCGACUCACCGAUUCAGCUGAUCUCGCUCGGUGCCGACUCAUCUCUAAAAGCUUUAACGCACUCUCCCGCGAGGUUCGGUCCAUCAACCUCGUCUGCACCCUAUCCCGAUAUCUCAAAUUGAGGUCGCCGGCGACCAAAGACCGAACCACACCCUUCAAGACCGUAUUCAACAGCCUGGUCCUCAAUUCGCCGGUCGUAGAGUCCAUAUCGAUAGGCGUGGAUAAGUCUCUCGGCGGAAUAACAUAUGACGACGUCGACGACGAGUCUGACGAUUUGUAUUUGACAGGCGCGGGAUUCGUUAGGGAGUGGCUGCCCAGGGUUUGUAGGGAGCUAAGAUCUCUAUCCAUUUCGGAUUUUUGGGUUCAAUCUUGUUGGAGACGAUCUGAUAUUUUGGCGCUGGUUUCUUCUUGCUGUCAUAUUCUUUGUGAACUUGAGGUGAAGAAUGCUUGGCUAUCUGUUAAUGGGUUGAAUCCCAUGCCCAUGCUCACAAGUCUAACCCUCGAAUCUGUAAGGCUGGAUGAUGAGGACCUAAACAAGGUUAAUCAUUGCUUCCCUUGUCUCCAAGUUCUCAAUUUGAUCGGAGUUGGAGGACUUAAAGAACCUAAGAUCCAACUUUUUCACCUUAGAAAAUUUCGGUGGACAGUGUCAAAUGCUCCACAAUCUCUGACUAUUUUUGCACCUAAGCUUGUGAAACUUGAGCUAAAUUGUAUUGAACCAAGAGCACUUGUCCUUGAAACACCGUCAUUGUCCGAUUUCUAUCUUUCACUUCGGAAAGCACAUAAGUUUGAAGUAAAAGAGCUCCUUGAUUUGAAAAUCUUACAGCUUGAAUCUGCAGAUCUUUGUGGCCUCAUAUACUCAUUUCCUUCUAAUAAUUCAAUUGAGAGGCUAAUAGUCGAUUCAUUGAAAUGUGUUAAACCUGGUGAUAUGACUAUGCUUAGCCUGGAUAUGUUGUUUAAUAUGUUCCCAAAUGUGAGCUCAUUGACUUUGCGAUCUGGGGCUUGGUCUGAAAUGGAGACCUGCUUUGUUGCUGGUGGUUUUCAGAGUCAUGCUGGAAUGCAGGGGCUAAAAGAAAUUGUUGCACAGUUAGUGAUACAUGAUAUUGAUAUUACUAUAUUGUUUAUUUUCACUGUAUUGGAUAAGUGCACCAACUUGUCAGAUGUUGCACUACUUAUUCACUGUGAAGUUGAUCCAAAAGUUGCUAGCAACUUCAUCUCUCGGUGUACAGCUGAUCGUCCAAGAGUUGGAUGGAGAUGGGGAAUUUGGAAUACUGGCUCAAUAGACACUUGGACCUCUGAUAGGAUCUAAUUUUGGCUACUGUAGUUGUUUGAAUGAGGGGAAGAGAAUGAGCUCAUCUGUUUGAGCAGUGUUAGAAUGAAGGAGAAAAAAGGUUGUGCACUCCUCAGAAAUUAGCAUACAGGGGAUUUGAAGCACAAACAUUUUCUUUCCAGUGAAAAUAAUCUGAAUGCAUGCAGAUAAUACAAGCUAUCAGACCUGGUAUCCUGCCGCAUAAAAGCUUCAAUGCUAUAUAUAUAUACCCAUGAUUUUAUUCUGAUGUUCAUUCUUGUACGUAAAUUAUAGCAAUUUUCUUAUCAUCAGACGCCCUGCUCUAUUCAAAAGAGAAAUGAGGUGAGGUAAUUAGCUGAUGUGUGUUUAUUGAAGAAUACACACAGGAUAUGGGCGAUAAAUUCUCCCCCUACCCUUUAUUUUCUUUUGCAAGAGCUUAAGUUUCUAUUACGACA